AUGGCGACACCAUCGGCCAAACCAGGCACAACGCCAACCCAUCUCACUUCUCCGCACCCAUCCUCUGCGGCUCUGUCGCGUUCUAUUACCCACAAAUCGCCGUCAAUGAAGACGCCAACGGCCUCAGGACCUGGUCAUACAAACCAAAUUAGCGCUUCCUCACACCAGUAUGCUACGCCUCUCGCCGUAACGGGAGUGGUCGACGACCCUGUCAAUUUCAGCUCUCCAUCCGCACUCCUCGCACUUGGUGGAUACGCCGCUAUUAGCCCCUCCCCCGCGGUCCAUGACGGCUUAGUUGGACCGGGCAUGAACGAGAAUGUCAUUCAGAACCUGGGGAUACAGGGCCUGAAGCUUGGGGUUGGACGGGACGGCGACGAGGAACAAAAACACAGAAUCGAGCAAGUCAUUCAUUGCUUGCGCUCGCGUGUUGCUGGAAGAGGUGUAUCUCGGGAGGGAGUCGAACGGCUUAGCCGGCUGGAGGGCUUCGAGUCUAUCUGGCAAGAUAACGACAUCAAUAUUGCUGGUAACUUUGUCGACCUCGAGAUCGAAUUCCAUGCCGGAUACCAUGCCGUCAAAGAUGUCAGCUUACGAUACGCGACGCCAGAGUAUACGGAAGGCGAGCGACGAGAAGAGGCUACUGCAGUCCUGAAACGGAACCUGGUUCAGUCGCCGGAAGAUGCCGAGCACGGAAAAUGGAUUCCCUUGAAAGCGUUCCAUGAGAACUUGCACUGGCUUGCUAAACUGGACAAGCUUAGUCAAGAGGUGAAUUGUUUCGAAGCAUUGGAGGGCCUCGAAGAAAACCUCAAACGUAUUUGGAUGGAAGAAGGCAAAAAUGGGAAACAUGGUGGUGAAUACGAGCAUCUUUGUUCCGGCAUCAUUGGUCGUCCCAGCAUGCACAAGGGCGCUCGUAUCGGACUGGGAUUGGAAUACUGGGUUGAAAGGGCCAAGGUUCUCGAUGCUAAACAGGAGACCAAAUUAACCCACGCGAUGGCAAUCGAUAGACCACAAGGCGAAGAUGAGAAUGGUGCAGACAGCCAACAAAAGACAUGGACCGUCAUGAUUGAGUGUGAAGAAGGUUACCCGUCUCUCCGAAUUUCAAAAGAAUGGGUGGGAAGUGAGGUUUUCUCAGCUGAUCACAACGGCCAAACCAUAUCUUCGAACGCAGUGGAAUCUAUCAACUGGUUGGAGCCCCCUCAAACUAUGCGACUAUCUCAUGGUAACCACCCCGACCCCAUGGCUCUCGACUCUAGCAUGCUAGAGUCGUCACCUCCUAAUCGGAGAUUCGUGGCCAAGAUUGAUCCCCCACUGGACGUUCCCAUUUUGGCAGCCUCUGAGAUCUACCGACUCCUUGGAAUGCAGCUACCCCAGGAGUUUAAGAUGCUCACAUAUGAUGGGUUGCUGGUCUCCGAUGGAUCAUAUUCUGCACUAGAAUCUUCGCCACAGCCUAGUCGUAGGAAACGCAGGGUGUCCGUGAGCGCGUUUGAUGUGACUGGCACACCCUGCACAAGCCACCACAACUACACUUUCCAGGCCUUCGAGUCCGUUGCAGGUCGUACUAUUCGUGACAUCCCCUUCUCCCACCCGCGACAGCUAGCUGACAUCAUCCCGGUUUUACGCCAAUAUGCGUUGUUGACAAGCUUGAUUCGAACUAUCUUCCAUUUCUCUACAGAUCCCAAGGCCAAUGGCGAGAAAGAACGUAAGCAGGAGUCUUUGAAAGACACCUCUUUGGUUCCUACAGACCAAGAACCAUGGGAUUUUACCGGCAAAGACGGCAUCAUGAUUCUCAGCAAUGACGACCCCAAUGAAGAAAAGCUGAACCUCCUCCUUCACAAUGGCCUCCCUAGCCCCCUUUCGGCCGGGUCUUCGAAGCAUGGGAUCUCCUUUUUGUCUGACGACAAUGGCCAGAGCCCGAUGUUCAUGGAUGAGGUCAAAGUGGACGUGACACUACGUACCCAGCUCGGACAGGCACCAGCUCUGAUGCUACUCAUUACGGAUCCUGGCGAAAGCGGAACCGCAGGAAAUUUUGUGCGUGAUCCAGUGCAGAUCUCAAUCUGUUUCGAGAUCGGCUUGAACGGCCGGAUUUCUGUGGUCGACUCGACCGGGCUCAUGAGGGAGGAAUGCGGUGAUGGCGCAGACCUGCAGAUGCAAGGGACAGAUAGCUCCAAUCCGAAGCUGCAGGAUAUCCACAAGAAGGUCGCCCGGACCCUUGAGAUCUCGCAGGACCUGGGGAUCCUGGUGGAGUGGGUCCUGCGCUGGCAGCGGCAGCGGGCCGGCAGCGGGUGA